AUGAUAUCAUCAAUAACAAGUAAAUGUUGUUUAGAAUCAUCAUUUAAAUCAAUAUGUAAAACUUUAAUUCAAACCAACAUCAUUACUACUCAUUCAACAAACUUGUUUUCAUAUAGAAAAGAUAAUACAAGUAAUGAUUUAUAUAUAAAAAGAGAUUAUGCAUUAAUUCAUAGAUAUGAACCUAAAACAUUAGAUCCAAAGAAAAAGGAAUUGGAAGAUUUAAAACAAAAGAUUGUUAAACAAAAAGAAGAAGAUCUAAUAACUUCACCUCGUCAAUAUCAAAGAGUUGUUAGAAAUUAUAAUAUUACUCCUCCUUCAAUAUAUGAAAUGGAAACAAUGACAAAAGAACCAAAAAAAGUAGAAGGUAGUAAAAGAUUAAAUGUGGCGGUGAUUGGAGCACCAAAUGCAGGUAAAUCAUCAUUGGUCAAUACUAUUAUUGGAGAAAAGAUUUGUGCGGUAUCUAGUAGAGAACAUACUACUCGAGACAAUAUCAUUGGUAUUUUGACAGAGGACAAGACACAAUUGGUGUUUCACGAUACACCUGGUAUCAUUAAACACUUUGAAAUGAAAGGAAAGAUUAGAGAAUUUGUAAAUAUGGCAUGGAGUGUGGUAAAAGAGGCCGAUGUAGUAUUGUUGGUGGUAGACGCUGGAGCACAUCAAUCCGAAUUCUCACCAACCGUUGGUUCUGCUUCAUCUGCUCUAACAACCACCGAUACAUCUCAUAUUGUCACUUUGUUGGAAUCACAAAUGUUGGAUCUAUUAAAAGAAAUGAAAAUGAUUCAACAACAACAGGACGAUAUUGAUAGAGUCAAAGAAUUUAUAUUGGUUUUAAACAAGGUUGAUUUAAUCGUUAGAAAAGAGGAUCUACUUAGAUUGAUCAGUCGACUAAACGAAGGAUCAAUCUUUUCAGAUACUUUUAUCAUUUCAGCAACCAAUAAUAUUCAUGUUGGUGAUUUAAAGGGUAGUUUGUUGGCACGUGCAGUUGAAGGAGAUUGGGAAUUUGACGAUGAAUCAAAGACUGAUCAAACUGAAAUCUUUCGUGCAAGUGAAAUCAUAAAAGAAAAGGUGUAUGAACGUAUGCGUCAAGAAAUCCCAUACGCCGUACAACAAGCAAUGGUCGGUUGGACAAACUUUUCCAAUGGAGAUCUACGUAUCGAUCACGAUCUCAUCGUCCAAAAGGAUUCUCACAAAUCUGCCAUUCUCGGUGCUGGUGGUCGUACCAUCAAAUCAAUCUACCUAGAAGCUAAAAAAGAUUUGGAAAAAGUAUUUAAUCGUCGUGUUCAUUUAUUCCUAACUGUUAAAGUUAAAAAGAAUAUUCCUUUAGAUGAUGAUUAA